GAGCACCUACCUAACAAGCACAAGGCCCUGAGUUCAAACCCCAGUACCGCCAAAAAGAGAAAGAAAGAUAGUGCCUGGGUUUUUUGUUUUAGUGAUGGUAAUGGCACCGUUAAGCUGGCUAGGAAAACCAGGAGAAUGCAGAAGUUCUGAAGGGAAGAAUUAUUCUGCUGUGAGCACCUUGAGUUUCGGGUGUUAGCAUUGUGCAGGUGGAAACAGCUUGUCAGCAUACAGAGCUUGGGAGGUGGACUGACUGAAGACCAUGCGAGUCUGUAUGAGAGGUGUGAUGAUGUGAGAACGUGAGGAAUGAGAAGCAGAGAGGAGGGGGAGCCGGGAGCCAGGCUCGCAAAGGGGAGGAACAGUAAUCAGUAGUGGCUCAUCUAGCCAUGAGACCAUGAGGGAUAGUGGUAAGAAGUGACAGUUGGCUUGGACAGAGUUGAUUCACCAGUCUUGGUCAGUAGUCCACUGAUGCUGGGCAGGGCCAGCUGGCUGAGUAGGAGGUUUGUGAAGCUUUGGAGUGGCUGGGGUUGGAAUGCUGUGGGGAAAGUAGUUGACCAGAAGAGACUUGGUGAGUGCCUACGAGAUCUCAGCUGAUGUUAAGAGUCCUGCAUUUUCACUUGGGCCUAAGCUGUGGGCCUCAUUGAGAGGCCAUUUUAUUCCUCAGGACAUUCUGAGAAAGAACAUAGCUUCUAAUUCAAAUGUGUUACUGUCCGUCUGAGCAAGGAUUGUCUGAAAGGCCAUCAUAAUUUUAAAAUUAUGAGGCAUGGCUGAAACAGUAGAAUGGCUCAUUUAUUUUUCAGCUUGAUUUAUAUUUUCACAAACCUAAUCAAAGAUUUAUCAUGGUAAUGAGAAGUCAGAUUUUUUAGGUUCUACUUACAAUGGCCUUCUGAUAGGCUGCUGCAGGAAGAGAGAAUUGAUAAGCACUUUACAUGAUACCUCCUUAAACAAAAGUACAAAGUAACUUAACCUGGUGUAGCAUAAAUUUACGAUUGGAAAAAAAUACAUUUACUUAAAAAAAAAAAAAGAAUAGUAGCCAAUGGUCAGAGACUGUUAGGGAGCUUUGAGGAUUACGUGUGGAGUUUCUUGAAUUUUUCUUCAGCUUACCCCUAUUCAAAACUGCUACCCUAGCGGGGAGGGCUCCAGACAAGAGGAUUUAGGCUUUUCACCUGUCUCCGUAGUACUUGGCUUGACAUAGUGGGUAGGGGCACCUCCCGGAGGUCUUGUAUGAACAAGCAUCUGCAUUUGGUCUGAAUAGCUAGUAUUGGGAUGCUGUGGGACCACUGACCAGGUUUCCAAGCCCACGUCCUGCAUAGCAUCAUCAUCACCCUCAUCACUAGCAUUCCCGUGGUUUUUCCUGCAAUUACUUUAGGUUGAUCAUGCCAGCUACAAGGCAACUUUGUUGAAAUGUUAGUGGAACAGUAGCAGCUAUUGAAAUAUGAGCAACAUUGUGUCACGAUCUUCCUUUUAAUCCAGGAAUACUGAUAACAUGAUACUGAGAGAAGGGCACAAACUCAGUGCCUCGCCCUUGCUAGGCUGGCACUCUACCACUUGAGCCAUGCCCCCAGCCCAUUUUGCUUUAUUUUUCCAAUCUGGGCAUUCCAAUCUAGGCAUUUAUGUCCAGGCAGGUCUGGACCACAGUCCUUAGCUUCUGUUGGAGCUGGAAUGACAGGUGCACCCCCCCCAACCCCGUGCCCGGCUUUUUUUUAUUGAUUGAGAUAAGAAAAAUUUUUGGAUCUCUGCCUCCUGAGAAACUAGGAUCUCUAGGUGUGAAUGUGCCCAGCAGGAGAAGGGCUUUUGAUAACUGUUUACCUUUAAAGUGUCUUACGUGAAUCGAAAACUAUGUAAUUUUAACAAAAAAUUGCAUAAUUAUAUUCAAUCCAAUUUAAGAAGAGUUUAUAAUUACACCUUUGUUUUGUGAUUUAUUUUUUACCUCUCAGUGUUCCAUUAUAUCACUAAAAACUAGGCAGGUAACUCUGUAUUGCAGUGUGAGGCUCACAUCAGUGUCUCAAGAGCCUUGGGUCUAUUUUAAGGAGGUUUUUUCCUGCAUGUGUCCCUUUAUGGAUAUUGGCAUCAUGGAAAUUCAUUAGGGGGGCUGAUUUCUCUGAGGAACUCUUUCCCUUAUUUAUUUCACUUGAAAUGUGUGUAUUGGAAUAAAAUCAGUUAAGUCGAUUGGGUCAUGUCUUUGGUAUUUGAGUUCCUCGUGGCUGUGAAAGAGUUUGCUGCUGAGUUCCUGCCUUGAGAUCCUCAGCCCUGUGUCUGGCUCUCUGCCUGUCCUGUGCUUUCCUAGUUGUAAUGGUUGUGUUCAUACAAUCUCAGUUGGUGCAGUUAAUUUGGGCACAUUCAUUAAAAUCAGUAUUUACAGACUAGCUUCUUUCAAUACUAAGUAUGGCCAGGUUUUAGUGUUGUUUGUUCUUGUUUCUGGUUACUCUUUCAUAACCUUUGUGUCUUUUUCCCUCUGCAGACUCAAGCAGGCAUUGUCCCACCUUCAGGGCACCAUCACCACAGGGUCUGCUCUCCUGCCAGUCAUUUAUGUGUCCUUCACAGGGUUUUUUCCUACCAAGGACUUGAUUGGAGUGCUCACAGUCACUUGUGGGUACAUGUGUGCAUUCCCAUGUUAACAAGAGGUCACAGUGGAAAACCUGGAAAGGUCUAGUCUCGGGAUUGAAAGCAGCAUUAGCAGGCAGUGUGUAUUUAAUUGUUUCUCCAUAUAUACACUGAAUCAGAAUUUUUGGGUGCAGUUAUUUGUACACCCACUCACGGGAUUCUUGGGUAGCCAAGCUAGAGGAGCACAGAGAAUGACUGAACCAGUCAAGCUGGGCAGAGUCAUCCUGAAUAGCAGCCACAGAGAAGCAAUUAUCUGUCUUCAUUAAUGGGUAGGUGAUGCUGAGAACAGGAACCCCACUCUCAAAGCACCAGAGCACUGGCAUUAGUGACUUUAAAAAAAAAAAAAAGAGGCUUAACUUAAAAUAGGGUAAGAUAGGGCAUUACUGCACUGAGAGACUAGUACACCGCCCUAAAAAAGGCACAUUCCUUAGCGGAAGGGUAGUGCGGUGUGGGAACCCUUGUGUUUCGAUACGUCACUGAGUCACAACCUUGUGCCCGGUGCCCCUCCUUUUGCACUCUCUGUCCGGAUAUGAAAUGCACAGAGAGCAUAAUGUCUGCAUUCAGGGUUUGACAUGGCUGUAAAGCUUUGUUUACGAAUUGUGUACAUGUGUCUCCAGUCCUUUUCCCCAUCGUAUGAUUUGGGGAGUUGAAAGAUGGUCCUCAGAGUGUCUGCUGCAAAACACUUUGGAAGAAAAGGAAUAUUUACAGGUCAUGAAACGCGUGCGUACGGAGCAGGUCCAGGUGGCGGUGUCCUGCUACCUCAAACGCCGGCAGUACGUGGACUCAGACGGUCCCCUGAAGCAAGGCCUGAGGCUGUCACAGACCCCUGAGGAGAUGGCAACCAACCUCACAGUCCAGUCAGAAUCUGGUUGUGCCAACAUGGUGUCUGCAGCCCCCUGCCAGGCAGAGCCCCAGCAAUAUGAAGUACAGUUUGGACGGCUGCGAAGUUUUCUCACUGAUUCUGAUUCCCAGCACAGCCAUGAAGUGAUGCCUCUCCUGUACCCCCUCUUUGUCUACCUCCAUCUCCACCUGGUCCAGAACAGCCCCAAGAGCACCGUGGAGAGCUUCUACAGCCGCUUCCAUGGGAUGUUCCUGCAGAAUGCAGCUCAGAAGGACGUCAUCGAGCAGCUGCAGACCACGCAGACUGUCCAGGACAUCCUGUCAAACUUCAAGCUUCGCGCAUUCCUAGACAACAAGUAUGUGGUCCGUCUCCAAGAAGACAGCUACAACUACCUGAUCCGCUACCUCCAAAGCGACAACAACACUGCCCUGUGCAAGGUCCUCGCUGUGCACAUUCACCUGGAUGUGCAGCCUGCCAAGAGGACAGACUACCAGCUGUACGCCAGCGGAGGCUCCUCGCGCAGUGAGAGUGGUGGCCUGGAGCCCCCGGAGGUGCCCAACCCUAUCCUGCCCAACGAGGCAGCCCUGGAGGUCCUGCAGGAGAGCAUCAAGCGUGUCAAGGACGGGCCCCCCUCCCUCACGACCAUCUGCUUCUACGCCUUCUACAACACAGAGCAGCUGCUGAACACCGCGGAGAUCUCCCCCGACAGCAAGCUGCUCGCUGCAGGGUUUGACAGCUCCUGCAUCAAGCUCUGGAGCUUGCGGUCCAAGAAGUUGAAGUCAGAGCCCCACCAUGCGGAUGCAUCCCGCAUCCACCUGGCUUGUGACACUCUGGAGGAGGAGGAGGAUGAGGAGGACAGCGUGGGCACGGAGAUGAAGGUGCUGCGGGGCCACUCUGGACCAGUGUACAGCACGCGCUUCCUCGCAGACAGCUCAGGGUUGCUCUCUUGUUCUGAAGAUAUGUCCAUCAGGUACUGGGACCUGGGCAGUUUCACCAACACUGUGCUGUACCGAGGGCACGCCUACCCUGUGUGGGACCUGGACAUCAGCCCCUACAGUCUGUACUUUGCCAGCGGCUCCCAUGACCGCACUGCCAGGCUGUGGUCCUUCGAUCGGACGUACCCACUGCGGAUCUAUGCAGGGCACUUGGCGGAUGUGGACUGUGUCAAAUUCCACCCCAACUCAAACUACUUAGCCACAGGCUCAACCGACAAGACCGUGAGGCUGUGGAGCGCCCAGCAGGGGAACUCAGUGAGGCUCUUCACUGGCCACCGGGGCCCUGUGCUCUCCCUUGCCUUCUCUCCCAAUGGUAAGUACUUGGCGUCCGCAGGCGAGGACCAGCGGUUGAAGCUGUGGGACUUGGCCUCCGGGACCCUUUUUAAAGAACUGAGAGGCCACACGGACAGCAUCACCAGCCUGGCCUUCAGCCCUGACAGCGGCCUGGUGGCUUCUGCCUCCAUGGACAACUCUGUGCGUGUCUGGGACAUCAGGAAUACCUGCUGCAGCGCGCCUGCUGACGGCUCCUCGGGUGAGCUCGUGGGUGUGUACACCGGGCAGAUGAGCAAUGUUCUGAGUGUGCAGUUCAUGGCCUGCAACCUCCUUCUGGUGACGGGAAUCACACAAGAGAAUCAGGAGCAUUGAUUUUUUAUGUAGGGUGGAGUGGACUGGGAGGGCUGGAAGGCCUCUGGCUACAGCCGUGGACAUGCUGAGACUGAAUCACUGAUUGUGAAGGAGCCCCUCCCUGCCUCCAGGCGCUCACUGGGCAGCUCCUGCACACAGCCCACAGGGCCACAGGGCUGCAGAGGGGGUGACACCUGGACUCCAGGUGAGAACUAGAGGUCGGGUACCGGUUCUCAGAGAACGCACCAGACCUCUGGGUGUAGUACCUCCCCAGCUACACUCAUCCUGUCCUCCCCCGUGGGUGUAGGUGGUGCCUUCUGUGGGCCACCCCCAGCAAGGGAGGCAGGGACAGCAACUAGGAAAGGAAGAGGUGAUCCUUUUCCAUAUAAGAGAGAACCAGGAUUCUUUUAUUAUUAUUAUAACUAUAAUUAUUAUUGUUGAGAAGAGGAAACCUAGCACUGGCAGAGGGGCCUUCUCUGCUUUUAUCUUUCAGGUUUGACUCCUGGCACUGGCUGUGAAACUUGGAACUUUGAGGUUCAGGGAAUUCAGAGAAUUUGGUGGCCCAGUGUUUAGGGAGAAAGGGAAGUCUGGGGUGUAGAUUGACCCUGCCUGAUGACGUGUUUCUUGAAGUGGGUGGGCAAGUUGACUGGACAUUGAGCUGUUGCAGUGAUAAUGAGAAAGAUUCUUUUCUUGGCUGCACGUCUGUCAAUAAUUUUUUCCCCUGAAACAGAAAGAUUAUGAGGGGCUGGGGGUGUAGCUCAGUGGUAGAGCACUUGCCUAGCAUGUGUGAAGCCCUAGGUGUGAUCCCUAGCACCAAAAAAGUAAAAAGAUUAUGCUGAAGAGUAAUUUGGAAUAAGUCACAAGAUAGGUUUAGGAAGUGUUGGGUUUCAGAUGAACAUGGCUUUUGGUGUCUUCCUGCAAUGACCCCCACCCUGCACUGCAGCACCAGUCUCAUGAACGAAUGUGUUGUGAGCAAGCGCACGUAGCGUACAUAUCAAACAUGCGCCAGAAAAGCAAGUUCUAGUG